CUGCUGACUAAUCGGAGAAAAAGUGGUUAGGUGAGAUUUCGCGGGUGCACUCGUGAUCAAACUCAAUGCUAUAUUGUUAUAUUUUGCUGACAAAAAAAGCGAAGAUCACUUUAGAGAUAUCGGUAAGGGAACAUUUUAUGACUACAUAACGACAAUCUACUGUUCCUCAAACAGCGUCUGCAAUAUUCUCGCGGCUGUGUUGACUUUAUUAGGAUACUGGCAGCUGCGUGCGGGCGAGUUGUUCAUUGUUCCAGCGAACAUCUUAAGACCAUAAUACAAAAUAUAUAAGAUCGGGUUUCGUGCUAACGGCGGAUUUCAUAACUGCAACUUGUAAAAAUCAUUUAAAAAUUUGAAAAGCUCCAUUGUCAAGCAAUUUCUUACUCCCUUUGAUCGCCAGCUCUUUGUACGUUAAUUUAAUAAUUCAUAAACGUAGAAAAAUGAGAUUCUCACUGCUGGGACAACCACUUCACAAGUUUUUCAAUUUCUGUUAACAUUUUGAGCUGAAGAAAAAUGUUCAUUCUGUUGCAAUCAAUGCCCAGCGAAAAAUCCUGGAGUUUGAUCUUUUUUUCGGCAAUUAGGGAAGCGGUGAUUGUUCCUGCCCCCUUCAAAUGUGUAGUCUCCGUAAAUAUCACCUUUCAUGAAUAAUGUAGGGAGGUCUAUGUACCGUUUUCUCUUGUAAUCAAAACAUUUGCCUAGCAUCAUCUCUACAUUUUUCCAUGAACAAGCCCUUUGCGUAAAUUUUUAAAAAUGAUGGUGAAAUAUUUUCUUAGCUGUUAGUUGUUUGUUAGAGGUCAUCACCAGAGGGUGGCAAAGGGUUUAAACGGGACGUGUGAUUACGCCCAAAAUUAAUAUGUGACCUGUAAAUUUUACAGAAAGGCAAGGUAAGGUGAGAUUUGAAGUUUUCAUCUUUAAAUUCUUGAUGGGUGAAAUACUGUUUAAAGUACAUGAACAUGUGAUGCUUGAAUUUUUCUAAAAUUUCAAUUUAAAAUGGGAUUAGGACCUCCUCUUGCUACCCUCUACUAGGGCACUCUAAGAAUGGCAUUUUUAAAAUCAAUGUACACAGAGUAAAUGUUUUUUUCCCAAGUUCCUAUUGGCUGUAAACUCCCAACCAUGCAUAGAGUAAUAUUUGCCUUUUGUUACAGCCAUGACUUUUUGUUGAAAAAUCUUGGCUCUGGAUGGAAGCACUCUGGAAGACCAAAGCUGCAUGUGGAGGGUUUGAGUGCAUCAUGCAGAUAUCUAGAUCUUUUGGUUCAUUUUCAUUGGAAAGAACUUUAAUCUGUUAGAUGGUCUCUCAUCUGACCCAAGCUGGCUCCAGCAUGGCUCCAAUAAUUGGACAAACAAAGAAAAUUCAUGAUGGUGUUUCGCACUCUCCUUCAUCACCAAGACAACAGAGAACAUUUACAUUUGAGUUAAAGGAGACAUUUGUGCGACAAACUGUAAUGAUGUCUCUUUGGUACCUUUUUAGUUUCGGUUCAAUUAUAUCAAACAAGUACAUCUUGUCAACAUUAGAUGGUGAUGCCAGCCUACUUGGUGAGACCCAAAUGGUGUGUUCUGUGCUAUUUGGAGCAGUCAAGAUGUAUCUACCCUGCUGCUUGUUCCAUCGGACUUCAGGCCAUCACCAAGAUGGCCCUAAAUUUCAUUUUUUUCGUAACAUGGCAAUUUUAGGUUGGAUGAGGUGAAAUUAUUAUUCAUUACUUUUAUGUUCCAAUUAAAUUAUUACUGGUAUAAUUGAUACAUAACAAAUCAUAAGUCAAAAUGGGCUGAAAUCAUGUUAGCAUGAAAUUCAUUUUAUCAGAGUUUCCAAAAGGUGAUCUGGAAAAUGCAAAAUUCUGGUCAGAAUACUGGGUGGCAUUUGUCAUUCUGUUUGGAAUGUUUUGUCAUUUAGGGCAAAUGGUUUAUCCUGUUCAGUUUUUUCAGACUUUCUUUUAAAAACAAAAUUGAUCAGAAAUGUUCACAACUCAGUUUUUUCUUCAUUAUAUUGAAGCAAAUUAGACAGGCAGAGUCCAAAAUUAACUUUUUUACUCAGGGGCUAAAUGGAGACUGGGUAAACACUUUUGUUUCAAUUAUUCAUUGAUCCAAUACCAAAUUAUACAAAUUAACAGUGAGGAGAAUUACUAAUGAGAUCUUGGGAGUGAAGGGUUAAAUGCUUUGCUUGUGAUCGAAUCCUAACUCCAGAUCAAGGGAGUAUCAGAUGAAAAGUAAUAAAGCCUGUCUGUCUUUUUUCCCCUUUUAUAGGUUUGCUACCAUAGUGUGUUCCCUCAUUACUCUGAAGUAUGUAGCUGUUUCUUUCUCUGAAACCAUAAAAUCUUCAGCUCCAAUUUUCACAGCAAUUAUAGCUUGGCUUAUGUUAGGUAAGUAUGAGAAAUAAAAUUUGUGAUCCAAAAGACUUCCCUUACUUCCUCUUGCUUAUCAUCUUCCUUCUUGAGGGAUAUUUCUCUCCUUUCCAGCCUUCCCUUGCAUUAAAAUUGAAGAUGACAGUCAAUAAUUUCAUAAAGAGAUAUCAUAAAAUUCCAAAAAUAAGCCCCUUCAUAUAGAAGCCUCCCAAAUCUGAAACACAAAAAUACCUCCUGUAGCAAGCCUCCAAAUACAAGCUACCGGGGGCUUGUACUUGGAAAUUAUCCUCAUUAAUACAAACCAAAGCAAACUAAACAUAAUCACCAUUAUCAGGAAGUCUUUUUUAGUCAUAAAAGAAUGAUUCCGUGCACUGAAGCAACGUGGUCAACAAGUGUUGAAGUUUAUUGUCUUUUACACAGUUUGCUCUUCACUCAUGCUUUUAAUUCCUUCGGUCCAUCGACAAAGUAUUUGCAAGGAAGUGCAAUCCCACCGCCCUGAACCCAAACUCCCUCGGGUGCUCCUUGAAUGAUAUGAGCUUUCAUAGUUAACUUUAACUUUGAACCUGAUCUAAAUUACUGUUUUUACUGUAUUUCUGCUUUAAUAAAGUUUAUUGCCGUUGUCUUUGAACUUGGCAUUUUCAGUGUGAUUAAUUUGUGAUGAAUUUCUAGCCAAAAUCCUAAUAUUACCAGUUGCAUAUUCAAAAAAUUUUGGCACAAAUUUCCCUCCAAUUAUAAGCCCAGCCAAUUUUGAAAUGCAAAUUUCCCUCCUAUAAUAAGCCCCUCUGAAUAUAUAAGCCCCUCCCAAAAAUAAGCCCCUCAAAAAGGUCCUUUGAAAAAUAUAAGCCUCGGGGCUUAGUUUUGGAAUUUUACAGUAUUAUGCAUGCACCCUCCAGAUUCACACCAGUAAUAUAGGCUGGCAAGGGACCUUUUAAAGGUCUUUAAACUUGUAUACUCUUAACUUUUGGUGGCAAAUUUUUACUGGAAAAUGGCAUAUUUUCGAGAAGACCAAAUACCCUUAUUAAACCAUGUUCCCUUAAGUAACAAACUUGUUCAAGGGUGUGAAUGGAUGUCUCACUCACCCGAAAAACUCCAGAAAUCUGGAUAUAAAAGGAAACUUCUUUUUCAUUUUUUUGUAUUGUUUUUUUUAUAGGUGACAAAUCAAGUGUAUUUGUGAAUCUGUCUCUUCUUCCAAUCAUGGCUGGUCUGUCACUUUGUACUGCUUCAGAGCUCAGCUUCAAUAUGGUUGGAUUUAUAUCUGCUCUUCUAAAUAAUGUCAUGGAUUGGUGAGUUGGAGAGUUGAAUAAUGUUAUGGAUUGGUGUUAGCAUGAACUAGACUUUUUUAAACUAUGUGAAGAGAUGUAAUUCCUUUUUAGGGUGUUUUUUUGUUGUGUGAAUAUUGCACACUUUUGACAGUAACAAAUUUUGUUCUCAAACAUUUUUUUUUCUGUGAUGUAGUUCUCAGCUCCUUCCUUCCCACUUCUUGUUUAUGUAUCUAACUUUAAACUGUUUAACACCUUAACUCCCAAGAUAUCAUUAGUAAUUCUCCUUACUGUCUGCCAUACAAUUCAUAUGAUGUCAGUUUGGAGAAUUUGGAAUUGGAUCAACCAAUAAUCCCCUAAUUGAUAUUUGUCUUUAUUCUCACUACUUGUCUGCUUAAUAUUGUACUGAUAGUGUAGGGAGAAAUUCUGUCUAGGUCACUCCAGUGGGACUUAAAGGGUUAAUUUUUUUGAAGAAAAAAAAGAGUUUUAUUACUUAGCAUAUAUUUGAUAGCCACAAGCUGGAGGUGAUUUAACUUUUACAAGGUUUCAGCUCAAGAAGCCUUUUAAAAAGAUUAUGAUGAUUAUUGUGAAUUUAGAUAUUAUUUGGUGAAUAUUAAGAAUUCUGAAAUUUUGUAAUUUUUUCCAGUUAAUAAGUUAAAAUAAUUGUUUUUCUCAUUUACUUGAUAGUUUUCAGAAUGUGUUUUCAAAGAAGCUUCUAAGUAGUGAUCAUCCCUACAGGUAAGCCAAAGUGUCAAGUGACUUAUUCUUUCCAUCAAUGAAAGUGUUCAGGAGUUGUUUACCUCCCCACCCCCUCCUUCACUCACAAUAAUUGCAAUUAUUGCAUGAAGAAAAUCACUCAGUUUAGUAGUAAUAAGCAAUCCUAUUAUUGCAAGAAUUCUUGGCGUGGGGGUCUGUACCUUCUUGAUCUGCCACUGCAUUUGAUUACUGCUGUUCCUGGAUUCUUUCUUUUUUUUUCUCGGAUUGAUCUUAAAUUAUUAACAUCAAGCUUCCUCCCCCAUUCCAAGGUGAUAGCUUUUAUUUCUGUAGAAAAUUGAUGGAUAAUUCGAGCACAGUUAAGGGUAAUCUGUGGUAGUCUUGUGCAAAGGAGUGGGUUAUCGACGUAUAGGUCACUAUGCUGUAUGUGGCUUUAGAGUGUCCAGAUUCCAGAUGCCUCCCUUUCAGUGAUGUAAAAGCUUCCACAAUAUCACUUCUUGGAAACCAUUCCAGUUUUAGAACUCUAGUAUUACUGAAAUUUUACCUGGGAUACCUUUGUUGUGAUUCUCAUGGUGUGACAACUUGCCUGGAAAGGUCAGAAAGAUAUUUAGCUACAAGGUCUUAAAACUGUAGGUCCAACCAUGUCCAUUUGUUUAAUUUUUCACUCUAUUAACAAGGUUUCAUUUGUUCUUUUAGUCCACCAGAACUUCAGUUUUAUACCAGUGCUGCUGCAAUUGCUGUUCAACUACCUUUCUGGUUUUUCCUGGUAUAAUUUACAAGUUUUCUUUUGUACUUUAUUAAAGGAUCCUAGUCAACCAUGCUCAUUUUGUGGAUUUGUAGGAACAACAACAAUUUUCCCAGCAAUAAUCUAUGCAAAUCAAUGAUUCAGAAAUGCUGAAUCAAAAUUAGGCAAUAAUAAAUUUCAGUUGUAACUGAGAUACAAUGUAUGUCUGUAAGGAUUCAUGAAGAUUUAGAAGGUUACUGCAAGCAAAACAAACUAACAAACAACAAAGCAGGGGUGAUGCCAAAUUAAAUAAAAAUGGCAGAUUACAUGGUACAUAAGCCAAAUUUUAUGCUUGGCUAGGAUCCUUAAAUCUGCACAUCACUGAUAACUAUUUUUAGCUGACCACUUUAUCUGAGCCUUUAUGGUAACAAACAUCUUGCAAAUAUUACAGCAUGGACUAGGAUAUCACUAGGCUGACCAUUCAUAUUGCCUAGUAUGUAAGAACAGUUCCAACUAUGAUUUAUUUGGCCUGCAAGCAAUUUAUCCUUGGAAGUGAGCUGCAAUGUAAGCAACUACAUAUAAAAAGCCUGAGAAAAUUCAGGCUUUUGAUGGUUAGUAUCGAUAAAGUAUGGGUUUGAUUGUCAUUUAACCCUGAAUUUUGCUUUUCAGGCUUCUUUUCUGCAACUGUUAAAAUUACAAAUCACCUGCAAGUAUUGUAGCUCUACUUGUGAACGAGAAUCUACAAUCUUGUAAUUUUUAUGUUGAGUUCUUUUUUGAAGGAAUUCAGAUUGAUCAACUCUUUAGUCUCCCAUGUCUAAAUUGAUGACAAAUCAUAAUUGUACCUCUUUCAAAAUUUAUUUUUUUUCAUCUGUUCCAUCAAAGAGAAACUUGUGUAGAAAAUGUUGUAGAGCUGAAAUGGAAUGGAUUGAAAAUGAAACUCACAUCUCCCUUGCAAAUCCUAAGUGCAGAUUAUGUUGGAUGCAUGAACUAUUUUUUUUUAUCUUUCAUGUCUUGUAGGAGUGGCCUGGGGAAAUAAAGUUGAAAGAGGAUAGACAUUUGAUUUUUAUGUUGCUGUUGAAUGGAUUUAUGUUCUACAUGCAAAGUCUUACAGCAUUUGGACUAAUGUCUUUGAUUUCUCCUGUUACAUUUAGGUGAGUAAUUUGUUCUUGAUGAGAAAAUCAUCCUAUUUUCACUAUCAUCAAGAAUUACAUCCUAUGACCCUAUCUGAGCAUGGUAAAGCUUGGACAAGGCACAUGUGGCACACACAAAAAAAAUGGAAAUAGCACAUAUAAUUUAGCCAUUUUGUUUUUUUGUUUUUUUUUUGUGACCAACAAAAAAUCUUAUGCUUUAAAAGUCAAGCCCACUGUAAGAGAUACUUUGGAUUUAUCAAAUAAGUUGAUGGUGUAAAUUGGUCACCAUACAGAGUUUCUAAAGCUGACUUUUCAAGCAUUAGCCCUUAGUCAGAUCUGUUACUCGAGAUAGAUGUAUUUCUCAUAACAAUACUAUCUGUUUCUUUUUAGUGUCUCCAACACAGCAAAGAGAGCCUUGUUGAUCUGGUUGUCUGUCUUAGUGUUUGGUAAUGAGGUCACAACCCUUAGUGCCAUAGGAACUAUUAUGGUGACAUGUGGAGUCUUCUUAUACCAAAGAGCCAAAAGUCAUCAGAAAAAAGUCAAGGAAAAGGACAGAGAAGACAUAGAACAUGAGGAAGUCUAAACAAGAGGCUCAGUGUAGAACAUGCUGAGAAAUCCUGACAAUUGAUUCAGCGUGUCUUAUUUGAAUCAGGGUCUUGAGGUGCUGUUUAAUGAGGCCCUGGUAGGCUUCUCUAUUUAGAUGGUAUGAGUGAUUGUCAGAAUUUGUUACCAAGACCCUUUACAGUGCUUUUAAUAUACCUCAGGCCAAUGGAAUAAUGACAAGCAAUCAGAGGAUAGGACUGAAUUUUAUAUUAAAAAAAGUUCUUAUCCAGCCAGUCAUAUUUUUCAUUCAAAACAGUGAAAUUUGAACUUGUUUGUUGACUUUUGACAUUCAAUUAUCUUCUGCGUUGCAACAUGUUAGAAUCAAGGAAGGUAAGAUCCACCUGCCAACACCACUUUAAAAAGGAAACAAAAUUCUGUUUUUGAGUCCAAAUUUGUUUAUAAGGUUUGGUGAGAACAGAUCCUUAGCACACAAUUUUCAUCAAAAUAAUAAAUGUAACAAAGCAAUAUAACUUCCGGGUUAGGUUAAGGAAAUUGUAAGAAAAAAAGUUAUCCUUGCAGAAACAACUAGUGAAUAAUAAAAUUGGGGAAAUUUUUUUAGCUUUAAUUUAUCUGCCUAACAUGUACAAUAUAGAUGUCUUUCUUAAGUUAACAAGCCAAUAGGUCAAAAUUAAAUGUCAUCCUAAGACCCAUUUAGUAAUUAAAAAAAAAAAAAGGGUCCUGGUAACUAAACAGGCCUGUAAAGUUCUUCUGUUUUCAUUCAAGGUAGGGGUUUUAAAAGUUUUGAAAAUUAUACUUCGAAACCAUCACCUAAAGAAAAAAAAUGGACUGGUUAGGGUACCAGAACCUGCUUAUUUAUUCUUUAAAUCUUGAUUAUGAAUUAAGGCUUCUGGUCCAUUAAGUUACUGGGACUUUUGAGAAAUGGGUCCCCAGACUAAACAUUUUCAAAGGAUGAAGUGGUUCAAAAAUGGUACUAUUGUAAGAUUUUUUAAAUUUUUUUCAAGACCACAUACACCACAAGAAGCUCAAUACAUGGGGUAGUUGACAGAUCAACUUAUCACUUAGUAGUUACAUGGUUUCUUACAAUUCUUUGGUAAAUCCAUGCCUCUUAACCGGUUCAUUCCCAGAUCUCAUUAGUACUUCUCCUUGCCGUAUGCUGUAAAAUUCUCAGGAUAUUAGUUUGGAGAAUUUGGUAUUGGCUCAAGUAAUAAUUCCCCCAAUUGGUAUUUUUCUUUAUGCUCAUUACUGCUUGAUAUUGUAUUGAUAUCAUAAGAAUUCUGGCUUUGUCACUCAUGAGAGUUAAAGGUUAAAGAAUACACUAGUAAGUACUAUUUAAAUUGAGAGCACUAUCAACUUGAUGUAAAUUCCCUUUAUAUAUUUUUGAUUACUGGUAAAGGUUUGUUUCAACUUUGAUAAAUUGCAAAUGUCACAAAAUCAACAAGUUCAAACCUAUUUUGAAAUAUUUUUUAAAGUCUGCACCCCAGCCCCUUUCGUUUGGAAUAAUUUCUGUUUGAAACUUCAUGUUUAUUAAGUAGUAAUCAGUAUUUACCUCAUUAAAUGAAAUAUCAUUGAAGCUUGUUGAAGAGGUGAAAAAUGAUAUUGAUAAUUUUAAUGACUAAUUUAUAGACUUAGAGAAAUACAGAU